AUGGUGAAGCAGUCAAGUGAGUCAACAAAACCUACCAGUGAAUAUCGAACACAAAGCUAUCCGAUCACAUCGGUAAUGAGUGCUGUGCCUUCAGUUACAGUGCAACAGCUGACCCCACGUUCGCUCUCUCUUUUCACUGCUACGUGA